AUGAAACGUGUCUUCCAGUCGUCUCAAUCCGCUCUUCCCUCCCGCAGCGGUCGACCACCACCCUGCCCUUCCCUGUGCAUAAGCGGACACACUCACAUUCAUAAGGCCAUCUCAUUAUCUCUGAACCAAAACUGUCACAGCCCUGGCGGGACAAAAGGUCUGGUUGUUUACCGCUACCCUCCUCCCGUUACCCUCGUCUUAAACGUGACAGGAGAGAGCAUCCCGUGGGCCCGGCUCUGCUCGCUCGACUUUGAACACCGCUCCAUGGGUCAGACCUGGACAAGCUGUGCAGAGGUGUGUGUGUGGAGGGGUGGGGGGUGGGCCAGGUGGCUCGUGUGA